UGAAAUCUUCCUCACAAAAGGGCCUCUCCUUUUAGAACCCACAAGUAAGAGGAAAAAAAUGGCCAUAGCAUCAUUACCAGGGCUGGCUUUUGCCGCACUGGUCUUGGCAGCUGCAUCGUCCGCCGCAUCAGCAGCGGCACCAGUGACAUUUAUCUUUGGUGACUCCUUAACAGAAGUUGGAAACAACAAUUAUCUGCAAUAUUCUCUUGCAAAAUCAAAUUACCCUUGGUAUGGUGUUGAUUACGUUGGUGGGCAGGCCUCCGGGAGGUUCACAAAUGGGAGGACAAUUGGUGACAUUAUAUCGGAAAAGCUUGGGAUUUCAUCACCACCACCUUAUCUGUCUCUGUCACAAAACGAUGAUGCUCUCCUUAAAGGGGUGAAUUAUGCAUCCGGUGGAGCCGGAAUUCUCAAUGACACUGGACUUUAUUUUAUACAGAGAUUGUCCUUCGAUGAUCAAAUAAAUAACUUCGCAAAGACCAAGCAGAGAAUCCAGUCUAAAAUAGGAGAAGUGGCUGCCGACAAGCUUUGCAAUGAAGCCACGUACUUCAUUGGAAUUGGAAGCAAUGAUUAUGUGAACAAUUUCUUGCAACCCUUUUUACCAGACGGUCAGCAGUACACACAUGACGAAUUUAUAGAUCUAUUGAUCUCCACCUUAUACCAACAAUUAUCUAGGCUGUAUCAACUCGGUGCGCGAAAGAUGGUCAUGCAUGGUCUUGGCCCACUCGGCUGCAUUCCCUCUCAGAGGGUAAAAUCAAAGAACGGCCAAUGCUUAAAGAGAGUAAAUCAAUGGAUUCAGGAAUUCAACUCCGAAACACAAAAGCUAGUAGCCUCUCUAAAUGGGCGCCUCCCAAAUGCAAAACUAAUAUUUGCAGAUACAUAUCCAGCAGUUCUGGACUUGAUCGAUAAUCCCACCACAUAUGGAUUUAAGAUUUCCAAUACAUCGUGUUGCAAUGUUGACUCGAACAUCGGAGGACUAUGCUUGCCUAACUCCAAGUUGUGCAGCAAUCGCAGUGAAUAUGUAUUCUGGGAUGCAUUCCAUCCCUCGGACGCAGCAAACGCAGUGCUUGCUGAAAAACUUUUUUCCAGCCUAUUCUCUGCUACUCUUUCCCCUGCACCGGCUCCGUCGCCCUGAUUCGUAUCUCAAUAUAAAUGAAAUAGUACUAAAUUAAUUAUAGAAUUCCUGAAUGCCUCGAUGGAAUUUGACAUAAAAUGCCUAGAUGGUAUUUGACAUAUCUUUGCACUCUGUUGACACUGCAAAAUCUCUUUCGUGAGUUAAUUACAUCACUGUAAUUGCAUUAUCAUGCCGAUACAAAAAGUAACUUGACCAGAUACAGCACGACUAAUGGCCUUCAAUAUAAAAUUUUUAGCUCUUUACUCAAAAUGUAGAGGUGUAAAAAACCUAGAUUCAAAUACAUGGUCAAGGAAUCAAUAGUAUUCAUGACCAUUCUUGUGAAUUGAAAAAUGACUUAAAGGAAGAAGAAACAUAUGGUUCUUAAAGUAAAAUCAUGGUUUCCUUCUCAUGUAAAGCCAAUAAAACAUAAAAUUGAAAGCUAAAAACAAAAAACAAAAACAAAUUGAAGUCUCAUUUUGAGACAGAACUCUACCCAACAUUUAACUAGAGAUUGAUUCGCGCAUAAUCAACCCAAAAAAUUCAAGAUGCACACGAUCUAUUGAAGUAAAAACAAUUGUGGUUGCUCUCAGAUAAAGGCCAUGGUUUUCCACAUGAGAGAACUUGGAGCAGGUAACCCUCUUCGAUCUAAGCCAAAGAUUACUUCAAAUGCUUGACAAAGCCUUCCUCUUUUCUCUAUAAGAAGGGGCAUUAUUAACCUCCUAGUCAUAGAAAAGAGAGUCAUUAGGCACCCACCAAGCACAAAAAGUUCUUCCGUUGGCUUAUACCCAAGAGAAUCGAAACCAGACUCGGCCUCUCUUCGGUGUGGUUAAAGCAAAAUCAAUCAUCAUUGAGCACUCAGGCACAAACCCAGAAAAGACAAAUUUGAGAAAAUAAUUGGCGAUUUCCGAGACGGAUCGGUGUUUAGAAGAUAGAGGGUGUGAAACCUACGAGAAAUAGUCAGAAUCCACAUAUAAUAAAGAAUCUGCCAGUCCAUAGGUACCCGGAAACUUUGAUUUCGCAUCUCUUCGUAUCCCCUGUUGCCAUCGAUUAAGCACAGGGAAUCAUAGUAUAGAUGCCUCUCUCGGAAUGAAUAUUGGAAACCGCAAGGUAAACAAAAUUUUGCAGGAAUUCAAGGAAAAACAGUGUUGUGUGAGAGUAGAGGCUGCGAUCUGAGAAGAUAGGAAUUUGGAAUCAAAUGGAAGAGCCAUUGGUAACGGGAGGAUCGCAGUUU